AUGGAGGAUGAGGUAGUAUUGUUGGGUUUUCAUCUGAGUAUGUUUGAGAUAAGAGUUAGGAUUGCAUUGGCAGAGAAAGGUGUCAAGUAUGAGUACAAGGAAGAGGAUCUUGUCAACACCAAGAGUCCACUGCUUCUGCAAAUGAAUCCAGUUCACAAGAAAAUCCCAGUCCUGAUUCAUAAUGGGAAGCCCAUUUGUGAAUCCCUCAUUAUUGUUGAGUACAUUGAUGAGGUCUGGAAGGAUCAAGCUCCAUUGUUGCCCACUGAUCCUUAUCAGAGAGCUCAAGCCAGAUUCUGGGCUGAUUUUUUUGAUAACAAAGUACAUGAAGUUGCAAAGAAGAUAUGGACUGGAAAGGUGGAUGAACAUGAGAAAGAAAAGAAAGAGUUAGUAGAGAAUUUGAAGACAUUGGAGGAGGUUCUUGGGGACAAGCCAUAUUUUGGGGGUGACACAUUUGGGUUUCUUGACAUUGCUUUCAUUCCUUUUUAUAAGUGGUUUUCUACUUAUGAGGCAGUUGGCAAAAUGAACUUAGACUGCCCAAAACUCAUUGCAUGGGGAAAGAGAUGUUUGGAGAGACAAAGUGUGUCCAAAUUCGUCUCUGACGAAAAGGAUGUCUAUGAGUUUGUUAUGAUGUACAGGAAGAAAAUUGGAGUAGACUAA